ACUCCCUCGAGCUGAUCAAAGAGCAAAAAGAGAGCGCGCGCGGGAUGAAUGACGACUGGACGUUAAGCUGACCAAGUUAAAAAGUAGUAAUCCAAUGCAUCUUGGCCGGUGUGCGUCCUUACGAACAACCAUGUCAGUCACCAAGUUUCUCGUUCUUUCGAUCAUCUUUCUCGUUCGGUCAGCGUAUCCGGAAGAGACAAUACUGACAAUGAGAGACGACGCACAAACAUCGAUCGUCCAGACAGCGGUAGAACGUGAACCGGCUACCUUCAAAUUGUACACCAGGGAAAAUCCGUUCGGCGAGGAGCAGUUGUUCCUGAACAACACCGAGGUGCUGUACGCGUCGCAUUUCAACGAGAGCAGACCGACCAAGCUCAUCGUCCACGGAUUCAGCGAUACCGGAAACGAGGGCUGGAUACGAGAUCUAAUAGAUGCGUAUCUGCUUUAUCAGGAUGUGAACGUGAUAGUCGUCGGUUGGGGAAUUCUGGCGGCUGACGCCUAUCCGACGGCGGCCAAAAACACGCGCAUCGUCGGCCAAUAUUUGGGCCAGUUUCUCGAGUUCUUGAGCCGAGACUCGAAUCUGGAGUACAAGGAUGUGCACAUCAGCGGUCACAGCCUGGGUUCUUAUGUGGCGGGCUUUGCCGGCGCUUAUCACGACGGUCGUAUCGGAAGAAUAACAGGAUUGGAUCCGGCGAGUCCGCUGUUCGAGACCAUCACCGGAAUCGUCGAUCCGGAAUACCGACUGGAUCCGACGGAUGCGCAAUUCGUGGACGUGAUCCACACCAGCGGUCCGGUGUUCGGAUCCCUGGCGCCGCUCGGACAUGCCGACUUCUAUCCCAACAACGGCAAGAUUCCUCAGCCCGGGUGCUCUUUCGUGCCUACAAUAACUUAUUGCAGCCAUUCGCGAGCUCAUCAGCUCAUGACAGAGAGCAUCGGCAGCACGGUGGGGUUCAAGGCGCGAAUGUGCGAAAGUUGGGAGAGGUACAAGGAGCGACUCUGCGAUUACAAUCCGAUUGUUUUGAUGGGCGAAUACGUCUCUACAUCGCUACGUGGAAAAUUUUACCUUAUGACCAACGACACUCCGCCAUACGCCCUGCAAUGAGCGAUCCCGUCGAUUUCCAAUGGAUUUUAGCUCGGAAAUUUUUUGACAAACUCACGAACUUACGACUGGGAUCGCGUUCAAUAUAAUGUUUACUAGUCAUUUAUAAGUUACCUUAUUUAUAAUUUUCUCGAUUCACUGAGCGCGCACCGUGUCAGAAUGUACCCUUAAUAUACGUAAUGCCUGAUGCAUUCGAAAAGAGUACAAAUUA